AUGAAUGAAAUUUACAGUGAGCUGAUCAAACUUCUCAAAGAGGAAAGGGAACGCCUGGUUGGACUGUUACCAUAUGAAUUUGUUGUUUCGAAUAUUGUCCUGUGCGUGAUCAAAGUGAUACAUGAAGAGAAUGGCCGAGCUGAUUCUGGCCUGGAUGAUCUUGUACCCUACGAUUCGUUGAAUGAUAUGAAUGCAAGGGUGCUGCGCAAGUCGGCUAUAGCAGCCAUCAAUGAAUUGGCCAUAGAAAUCGACACUUGCAUUGAAAAUAUUUGUAACCAGGUGAGGAGAGCGUUGGUUUUCAAAAUUUUCGCUAAGUGAGA